CAAGAUGGCGGAGUGAGUGGGUUGCGCUGUGUACGGACGGUUGCGGCCCUUGAAGUUUGUCGAAACGCUGUUUAAGACUGAGUAGACGAAAAAAACAACAAUACCAUCGGAAUUAUAAGUAAAAAAGGCUGAUUUCCCUCAGCGCGGAGGAGGCCGUGGCUUUCCCCCCCCCCCCGUGGCGGUCCUUGCGAUAACGUUAGCUUGAUGCUAACGUUAGCUAACGCUAGAUUUGACUAGCUGCUACUUAAGGCUCAGAGGUGGCUGUUACUGGGUGAUCGUUGAAGGCCAUACGCUUUUUCGGAUUUAGGGUUGGAUGUAUAUACUUUGAUACUGACACGGCAUUCCGUGUUGUUUGAGGCAGGUCUUAUUAUUAAGGAAAACCUUUUGUAGCUGGUAGCCUGUGAAUUGAGCGAACAACGCCAGUAUAUUUUCCAACUUGUUUGUUACGUUAGCUAACAUUAACGUUAUUUCCAAUACUGUGUGUAGUAACAGCUAACGCUAACUUAGUCCAUAAUUACGUUAACAAAAGCCAUCUGGUUCGGAACUCUUUAUGUUAUCCUGGCAAUUGGGCUAGACUGCCACACAGCAUUUCCAAAAGUGAAUUGGGUGGAGAUUGUCAUUUGGUGGAUAUUAUGGCGAGCAGCAGCGGGUCAAAAGCCGAAUUCAUUGUCGGUGGAAAAUACAAGCUUGUCAGAAAAAUUGGAUCGGGAUCUUUCGGCGACAUAUAUCUGGCCAUCAACAUCACAAAUGGAGAGGAGGUAGCAGUAAAAUUGGAGUCACAAAAAGCCAGACAUCCACAGUUGUUAUACGAAAGCAAGCUGUACAAAAUCCUACAAGGUGGUGUCGGGAUUCCACAUAUAAGAUGGUAUGGCCAGGAGAAGGACUACAAUGUCCUAGUCAUGGACCUGCUUGGACCCAGUCUGGAGGAUCUGUUCAACUUCUGCUCUCGUCGCUUCACCAUGAAGACAGUCCUUAUGCUGGCAGACCAGAUGAUCAGCAGAAUUGAGUAUGUACACACAAAGAACUUCAUCCACAGAGAUAUCAAACCAGACAACUUUCUCAUGGGCAUUGGCCGUCACUGUAACAAGUUGUUCCUUAUUGACUUUGGUUUGGCGAAGAAGUACCGAGACAACCGAACACGACAGCACAUCCCCUACAGAGAAGACAAGAACCUGACUGGCACAGCACGCUAUGCCUCCAUCAAUGCACACCUGGGCAUUGAACAGAGUCGCCGCGAUGACAUGGAGUCACUAGGUUAUGUGCUGAUGUACUUCAACAGAACCAGUCUGCCAUGGCAGGGAUUAAAGGCUGCCACAAAGAAGCAGAAGUAUGAGAAGAUAUCAGAGAAGAAGAUGUCCACUCCUGUUGAGGUCCUCUGUAAGGGUUUCCCAGCAGAGUUUGCCAUGUAUCUGAACUACUGCCGUGGCUUGCGCUUUGAAGAGGCUCCAGACUACAUGUACCUGCGCCAACUGUUCCGCAUCCUCUUCAGGACUCUGAACCACCAGUAUGACUACACAUUUGAUUGGACCAUGCUGAAACAGAAAGCAGCGCAGCAGGGGGCAUCCUCCGGGGGCCAGGGCCAGCAGGCACAAACCCCCACAGGCAAGCAAACUGACAAACCCAAGCCUAACAUGAAAGGUUUCUGAGUGGUCUCUGCCCCGAGCAGAGCUGCAGAAGCGUUGGUGACCAGGACCAACAAGUCUCUCUUCCUGGACAAGCGACAAACAGAAAGUCUGUGUCUCUCCUUCCAUAAUAACUAUCUAUGUAAUGGUAAUGUAUAGAUUUACACAUGCCUUUGUCUGCUGUGUUAUCUAUAUAUUCAUGUGUGUAUAUAUAAUAAAACUCUCCACUCCGAAAGAAAAAGAGAAUGAAAAAGCAGGUUUUUUGGAUGUGGAGGCUGUAGCCCCUACCCUCACUCACACUCUCACUCGCACACACACACACAUACACACACACACACACACACACACACACACACACACACACACACACACCUCAUCCAUCCAUCCAUCCCUGUCUCUGUCCUCCUUUUCAGUGUUGAGUUUUUGUAAGGUUUCUCUGGAAACUGAAGUUAAGAAAAUAGUCAGCUGACCCUCUGUUUUUCUCUCCCAGUGGAAACCUCUCAAACAUCUCUCCCCCUCUUCACUCCUUAAUUAUUUCACUCCCUCUUUUAUCAAGCAAAUGUUAAAAACAUGUAAACCUGAAAACUGUUUCCCUUUUUUUCUGAAAAAAUUGAAUGAUGAAAACCUGGAUGUUAUUUACUAAAAAAUCAAAAAUGUUGGAUUUUUUUUUCUUUUUUUGUUUUCCUAUGGUGAUUAGGAGUUUGCCUGUUGACAAUAUACGCAGCUGAUGGCAACAGUCAAUGGUAGAAUGAUACUGUGGCUCUCUCCCUCUCUUUAGAGCUCUGAAUUAUUAUUAUUAAAUCUGUUGUAAAACCUAUGGUCUUCUCCAGAAAUACCAAUAAAAACAUUACAUAACUCAGA